AUUGUAAACUCAUUAACAAUUUCUUAUUCCCUCUUUUUUGAAAAUUACAAGAAAUCUGAUAAGAUAAAUGUAAAAAAAUUCAAACUCCGUCAUAUUCUUCUAUGGUAUGUUUAUAUAUAUGUCUGCAAUUCAUAUUGUGAUUAUAAUUUUGCACUGAUUCUCCAACAUUAAUAAUUUUCUUUAUUAUCCAUUGUAUUCAUCAUCGAUUGUAAUGAACAAAGAUACGUACCGAAUGUCAAAAAUAAGGUAACCCCAACAUACUAAACGUUAUCCAUUAAAAGCCGAUUGAAGAGUUCAAAAACCGAAUUGAUCCAUACAUUAAUCAACAUUGCGAGAAUAAUAUGUUAAAAAGUUGCUAAAAUUCAUAUACUCUGGAAAAUUUCACUCUAUUUUGUUGUCUGUCUGUUUCAAGAAAUUUUCAUUGAAAAGAAAAAAUAUCAUCAUGGCUAGCGUAUCAUAUCAUAUUGCCAAUCUGCUGGAAAAAAUGCAGUCUUCUGAUAAAGAUUUUCGUUUUAUGGCUACAAAUGAUCUUAUGUCUGAACUACAAAAAGACAGUAUCAAAUUAGACGAUGAUUCAGAAAGAAAAGUUGUACGAAUGCUACUAAAACUACUCGAAGAUAAGAAUGGUGAAGUCCAAAACCUUGCUGUUAAAUGCCUGGGACCUUUGGUGAACAAAGUUAAAGAAGUACAGGUUGAGUCGAUUGUUGAGACUUUAUGUACAAACAUGAUAUCUGAUAAAGAGCAGUUACGUGAUAUAUCUAGCAUUGGACUCAAAACAGUCAUCUCUGAACUCCCCCAAGCAACAGGGGGUCUUUCUGGAAAUAUUUGCAGAAAAAUCACUGGAAGAUUAGUAACUGCUAUUGACAGGGAAGAUGUAUCUGUCCAGUUAGAGGCCUUGGAUAUAAUAUCAGAUCUUUUGUUCCGUUUUGGUACAGUUCUUCAAAGCUUCCAUGCCAUGAUUCUAAUGUCCCUUUUACCGCAGCUGGGUUCUCAAAGACAGGCUAUAAGAAAACGUACAAUCACUGCAUGCAGUAAUCUCAUACUCUCUUGCAAUUCAAGCCUCUACUACAAACUCAUAGAGCAUCUAUACAACGGACUUUGUUCAGAUGUGCCAAGUUCCCAAAUGAGAACCUAUGUUCAGUGUGUCGCUGCCGUUUGUAGGCAAUCUGGCCAGAAAUUCGGUGAGUUCAUUCCAAAAUUCGUACCUCUGAUAUUAAGCUGUAGUGAGGUAGACGAUGAUGAACUCAGGGAGUUCUCUCUGCAAGCAUUUGAAAGUUUCGUUACUAGAUGUCCGAAAGAAAUCAUCGAAUACAUACCGAACAUCAUAAACUUAUCUCUCAAAUAUAUGACUUAUGAUCCAAAUUACAAUUAUGAUGAGGAUGAGAUGAACAUGGAGGAUAUGGAAGGUUGCGAAGAUGAAGACGACCCUGAAGAAAAUGAUGAGUAUAGUGAUGAUGAUGAUAUGAGUUGGAAAGUCAGGAGAUCUGCUGCCAAAUGUCUGGAAUCUGUAAUAACUACUAGGCAUGAUUUAUUGUCGGAUUUCUAUGAGAGUUUGUCUCCUGCCUUGAUCAGCAGGUUCAAGGAAAGGGAGGAGAAUGUUAAAUCGGAUAUCUUCCACGCUUACAUAGCCCUAUUAAAACAGACCAGAUCGAACCUCAGUCACAACGUGGACCCCAACUCUAUGGAACAGGAGGAAAUGCCGGUUUUCUUGUUACAGAAACAGGUACCUCUUCUCAUUAAAGGUCUUCAGAACCAGAUGAAGGAGAAGAGCAUGAAGACUCGACAAGACUGUUUCCAUCUACUCAAGGAACUGUGCAACGCCGUGCCUGGCGCUUUGACCAAUGAAAUCGGUAAUAUAAUACCUGGUUUACUCUAUUCCUUAGGGGAGAAGAACGUCAGCAGCAACAUGAAAAUCGAGUCACUCUCGUUCAUCCACUCCCUAUUAACAUCCCAUUAUCCGGAAUGUUUCCAUGCGUACAUUCAUGUGCUGUUACCCCCGAUCAUAACUGCCGUAGGAGACAGCUUCUACAAGAUCACAGCCGAGGCCCUCAAUGUGCUACAGGAACUAGUGAAGGUGAUCCGUCCUUUGAACACAAAGUCCAAAUUCGACUAUGAGCCGUACGUCCCACAAAUUUACCAGUGCACUCUGGUACGGCUCAAGGCGGCCGACAUAGACCAGGAGGUUAAGGAGAAAGCCAUUUCCACCAUGGGCCAAAUAAUAUGCAACUUUGGCGACGAAUUGCAACACGAGCUCCCAGCCUGUCUUCCCAUCUACAUCGAUCGUUUGAAGAAUGAAAUUACCAGACUGACCUGCGUUAAAGCUCUGACCAAGAUAGCAGGUUCCCCCCUCGAAAUACAGCUUCCGAUACUGAACGAGGCGAUACCAAUCCUUGGAUCGUUCCUCAGGAAGAACCAGAGGGCGCUCAAGCUCGGUUCUCUCCAGCUACUCAACGUCUUGCUGGUCAAGUACCAAAAGAACGUUUACGUGGAUUUGUUAGACUGCGUGGUAGUAGAACUACCACCGUUGCUGGAUGAGGCCGAUCUGCAUAUCACCCAAUGGACUUUGGUACUUCUGAAGACCAUAGCCGAGUUAUAUCCCACGGCUCUCAAAGACGUCAAUAGCGCCAUCUUGCCGCAGGUGAUGAAGCUGGUGAAGUCUCCCCUGUUACAGGGUUCGGCCCUGAACGCAUUGCUGGAUUUCUUCCGUGCUUUGAUCCGUUGCAACCUUCCGGAUCUGACGUUCAACCACCUGAUCCAGAAGUUUGUAGAUCCAAUCACCAAGAAGACUCCCUGCACCCUGCACAAACAGGCGUUCUACUCGCUGGCCAAGUGCGUUGCCGCCAUAACUGUCACCUGUCAGGAGCACGUCCUUCCCCUAGUGCCUCAGUUCAUACGAGAAAUCGAGAAAGCCGAAAACGACACCCAGCAUAUGUUCGCCCUAUUGGUGGUUGGUGAGAUCGGCAGAGAGAUAGACUUGACCUCGAUGCCUAACCUUAAAAAGGCCAUAUUGAACUCUUUCACGGUAGUUUCGGAAGAGGUUAAAUCAGCGGCUAGUUAUGCUUUAGGCAGUAUAGCUAUAGGUAAUCUGGAGCAGUAUCUGCCAUUCUUGAUGAAAGAGACUGAGGAACAGCCUAGGAGGCAGUAUCUCCUUUUACAUGCCCUGAAGGAGGUUAUAACAUGUUUGUCAGCCACUCCAGCAGGAAUCCAACAGCUGCUACCUUUCGUUCAGGGGAUCUGGAGGCAGUUAUACACCCAUUGUGAGUGUAGAGAGGAGGGUACAAGAAAUGUAGUAGCCGAAUGUCUCGGUAAGUUAACUUUGAUUGAUCCCGCAAAUCGCUUGCCCUUACUUACUGCCUCCCUCACCUCUACAUCCGCCUUGAUGAGAACGACUGUAGUCACAGCUAUCAAAUUCACCAUAAGUGACCAACCUUCGCCCAUCGAUCCCCUGUUACGCCACUGCAUAGCCCACUUCCUGAAUGCCUUGGAAGACGAAGACCUGAAUGUAAGACGUGUAGCCUUGGUGGCCUUCAACUCUGCGGCGCACAACAAGCCAUCUUUGAUCAGGGACCUGCUCAGUCAGGUGGUGCCCCAUCUAUACAAAGAAACCAAAGUGAGACAAGAACUGAUAAGAGAGGUAGAAAUGGGUCCGUUCAAACACUCAGUGGACGAUGGUUUGGAUAUAAGAAAGGCGGCUUUCGAAUGUAUGUACACCAUAUUGGACUCCUGUUUAGACAGGAUUGAUAUCUUUGAUUUCAUCGAUCACGUAGAAGGUGGCCUCAAAGACCACUACGAUAUCAAGAUGCUGACAUACCUGAUGGUUGCCAGACUGGCACAAAUCUGUCCCGGUGCUGUGCUCCAACGUGUAGACAGGCUAAUAGAACCCAUCAGAAUGACCUGUGUUCAAAAGGUUAAGGCUAAUUCGGUGAAGCAAGAAUAUGAGAAGCAGGACGAGUUGAAGAGAUCUGCUUUGAGGGCGGUGCAUGCUCUGUUAAGCAUACCAGAUGCCGACAAGAACCCCCAGCUGGUUGAAUUCGUAACCCAGAUCAAGAGCAUCUCGGAAUUGGAACUCAUAUUCGAAUCGAUCAAGAGGGAUUCCUCUUCCAACCAUAAUGAAUGUGUAUUAAUGGAUCAGAGUUAGAUGUAUUCCUAAUAGGUUUUGUGCUUUGUUCAGUUCAUUGGAUAGAGUUAAAUGUGAAUUGAUAACUUAUUCGAUAUGAUCAAUAAAUUUUAAGAUUAUAUUUUAAGAUGUUUGUAUUUUUUUGUGCCGAUAUUUUUGGUACUGAAGGCAGGUGUAGAUUAGAUAAUGAAUCUCAAACUGUCUUGUGGAAGAAUGUAGAGUCAUUUUCUUUGUGAUGUAAUGUACCGAACUGGUGAGAGACUAGACUUUAGGAAGAACUCAUUCUUAUGUAAUCUAUAUUUUUAUCUCUCGGUUUUUUUCAAAUUGUUACGAAUUUCUUUUCAAUAAAUCAGUUUUAAAAUGA